AGUGCACUUUAUAUACCGGGUUCUCCUUUGAAAUUAAAUGUCUACCUUGAAGACCAAUUUGCGUUUUGUUUUUUUUACUAAAUUAAACCCCAUCGUCAAUCAUGAUCAGACUGGAUGAUAUUUUGGUGCAGAUCGGCGAGUUCGGGCCUUAUCAGAAGAGGGUUUUUGCCAUUGUCUGUAUGAUUUGUUUUACCGCUUCAUGGCAGUCAAUGGUCGCCGUUUUCAUGGGGGCAUCAGUGGACCACUGGUGUGCGGUGCCGCAAUGGGACAAUUUCAACUGCAGCGCGGCCGGUCUCAGCGAACAAACAUGCAUGCUCGCCAUGAAGAACGCAAGCAUCCCUGCCAACUACACGAACGACCACCAACUCGUCUAUGAGCAAUGCGUGAAAUACAACGUGUCUGGGGAGGCUUUCAGUCCGGAAAUCGACCCGGUCCACGACCCCGGCUUGCCGACAUCACAAGUCAUUGAAUGCGACAGUGGAUGGGUGUACGAAAAAAGUCAAUACAAAUCGUCCAUAAUCACAGAUUUUGACCUGGUAUGUGGAAUGGAAGAUCAGACUCAAAUACCCCAGUCGGCUUACUACGGCGGUUACCUAGCUGGCUCAAUAAUCAACGGAACAUUGGGAGAUAUGGUUGGACGAUGGUGGAUACUAAUGGCAAUGAUGUUUGUCCGGCUUAUCGCGGGUACAGCUAUAGCAUUCUCACCCAACUGGUGGGUCUUCACUUUCCUGCGGUUCUUCCAGGGAUACGCUGCUGUCUCUAUCUACAUCAUUGCCUUCAUUGUAGGAAUCGAGUUCGUCGGGCCAUCGAAACGUAACAUCACCGGUAUUAUCUUAUCUAUCCCUUAUGCUCUCGGCUACAUUUGCCUCGCGGGCAUUGCCUACUUCGUACCAUACUGGAGGACUUUAGAACUGAUUUGCGUCUCCCCGGCACUUAUCUACAUUGGCUUGAUGUUCUUUCUUCCUGAGUCGGUGCGCUGGCAAAUAUCGAUGGGAAAGUAUGACAAGGCGGAGAAGACUCUAGUGAAGAUUGCCAACUCUAACAACAAGCCACUUUCAAGUCCAUUCUUCAGCAGUGAUUUCAGGAAAGAACAAGAGGCCGCACCGAAGGAGAAACGAGCUACAGGAAUAAAUCUAUUCUGCCUGCCUCGAGUGAGACUAACUACCAUCAUUCUUAUCUUUAACUGGAUGGUGAAUGCCAUGGUGUACCACGGACUAUCAAUAAACACCUCCAACCUCGGUGUCAACGACUACGUCGCCUUCGCAGUGUCAGGAGCCAUCGAAAUCCCCGCUUUCCUUCUCGCUGUGUUCGACGUAGAGAUCAAGUUUAUUGGACGAAGGAUUAGUCUCAGUGCGUGCAUGUUGGUCGGCGGUUUCGCUUGCCUCUUUACAACUUUCAUACCACGCGGAGCAGCACUCACAUCAGUUGCAAUGAUUGGUAAAUUUGGAAUUUCGGCAUCUUUCACCAUCCUGUAUUUGUACACCGCUGAGCUGUACCCAACCAAAAUCAGGAGCGUGGCCAUGGGAACCUGCUCGAUGUUUGCACGUAUCUCCGGCAUCAUGGCGCCCCUUAUACUCACACUGGCCUGGAUUUGGACUCCACUACCCCUCGUCAUCUAUGGGUCCGUCACAGUGAUCGCUGGCCUCCUGACUCUCUUCCUCCCCGAAACAUUAGGCCAG